CUGACAGCAGAUUUUAUAAGUUUCACUGUUUCAGGUGCUGAAUUUGUAGAGUACAGCUAUCAACAAAUUUCAUGCAUGCAGAGUCAUGCAUCUUUCAAUUACCAAUUCAUACAUACAACUCUAUUAGUACGAUGAUAUCGAUAAGGAGAUGAUAAGAUCGUGUUGCUUAUUUCGAAUUCAAUACGGGAACUUGCUUUGUUAAGGGAUCCUUUUAGAAAACUUUGUAACAUUUCUCUUCAUUACUUUGAUCUCCCAUGUAAUUACUCUUAGAUAGACGUUACUUACAUACCUUACCCUGUAACUAACUCUCUUUCUCUCUCUAGUCUCUCGCUCUACAUCACCACCUUCCAACGUCUUCCAUCUGUGAUUUUAUUCUCUGCAUGAAAGCUGCUUUCCAUCCGUUGAUGAAAAUCAAUUCCUGAGACGCUUACCCUUUUCCUGUUUCCCUCCCAAUCCCAACCAACAACCGCAACCUCUCCCUUUUACUUCCCUUUGGCUUUAAGCCAAACUCUCCCUUCUUUCUCUUUUUUACUUUCUUCUUUUCUCUAGCACCCAACCCUCCAACCGCAACUAUAUAUGCAAACUUCAUUUCCACAUUAUGGGUAGCCAGUGAAUCAUGAUGAGGAAGCUUCCAAUUAUGAUCCUUCUCUCUGUCUAGUGGUGUAUUCAAAGAGGCAGAGGUGGUCUUGCCCAAUUUGGUUCACAUAUGGCUAGUAAUCAUCAUCAUCAUCCUCAUCAUCAUCAAAGCAGCAUAUUGCCUUCAGAUUCUCAGAGGAGGCAGAAGAUGACUGGGGAAGAGAAGAGAGAAGCACUUGAAAGAGAGGUUGCUGUGCUGCAGCAAAUGUUGCAGCAAGAAGAAAAGACACAUGACUUUCUGGAUAAGGUUCAUGAUCAUCACAGCAACAACAACCACAUCAAUGGUGAUCAUAAUGCUUCUUCUGGCAAUAUCCCCAUCCCCAGCUUCCUCAACCCUAAGGCAAAGGAACUGGUAUCAGAGCUGGUUGCCGUGGAGAACGAGAUAGGUCGACUCGAAGGCGAAAUAAGCAGGCUCCAACACAACCUGAAGCAGGAACAACAACUCACCAAAGAGUCCACAAAACCAUCAUCAAGACAAUGGCAGCAACACCACCAUCAGCAGCAGCACCAUCUCCCACCUCCAACUCCAAUUCAUCAUUUCCUUCCCCACAAAACCUACAACAACAGCAACUAUAACCCUCAAGACAAACUGGCAUUUGACACCAAGGCACUUCACUUCAUCAGCAAGGCAAUCAAAGGCGACUACACUCUCGACCACCACGACUUCCCUCUCUCUGACAAAGCAAGGGACACUACCCCUAACCGUCACCAACGAUUUCGAGAAGCUCUCCUCCCCGAUAGAGCCGAUCAUCAUCAACAUCAGACCAAUACUCACAGGGCUGCUCCUAAGAAGAGUGGGAUGUUGUUCAACAUGAAGUCACCUUCCCCUAUGCGCGAUUUCAGGAACCCUUCCCCAUGGCCUAGAGACCGAAAUGUGGAGAACCAAACAACCAAAGAGGCGACCACGCCCUUGCCAAAGGCACUGUCCAACUCGAUCUUGGGCGAAGACAGUGCUACUGGCAAUGUCCAGCAUUUGCAGCCUAACAAGCUGUCCGAGAACAUCAUGAAGUGUCUCAACUUCAUUUACGUCCGUCUGCUGAGGACAUCGAGGGCGAUGGAGCUCGAGAAAUCAGGGCCGAUCUCGAGGUCGUUGAAUUCGUCCUUGGUAUCGAGGAGCUUCAGGGCAGAUACAGGGCUGCUGAACUCCAAAACGUCGAGCCUUUCCAUGUACAAGGAGUCGAAGCAGCAGGACCCUUAUGGCAUUUUCGACGUGGAAGACUCGAUUCCCAGGGACAUUGGUCCUUACAAGAACUUGGUUGUCUUCACUUCGAGUUCCAUGGACACCAAGUGCAUUUCCACCUCCAGCUCCAUGCCUCUGAUCAAGAAGUUAAGGGUACUGAUGAACAACCUACAGAAUGUGGACUUGAGGUUUCUGACCCAACAACAGAAGCUUGCAUUCUGGAUCAACAUGUACAAUGCUUGUAUCAUGCAUGGAUUUCUCCAAUUUGGAGUGCCUCAUAGUCCAGAGAAAUUGUUGUCAUUGAUGAACCGGGCAACGGUAAACAUUGGUGGCAACACAAUCAAUGCUCAGGCGAUAGAGCAUUACAUUCUCAGAAAACCAACCACAUCUUCCAACACCAAGAAUAAGGACGAAAGCAAGGAAUCGGCCGUCCGGAAACUGUACGGCCUGGAGACGACGGACCCAAACGUGACGUUCGCCCUCUGCUGCGGCACCCGAUCGUCCCCGGCGGUGAAGGUUUACACGGCGGAGGGAGUGACGGCGGAGCUGGAGAGGGCGAAGCUGGAGUACCUGCAGGCUUCCAUGGUGGUCAGCGGCACGAAGAGGAUAUCGAUGCCGGAGCUUCUGGUGCGGAACCUGGCCGACUUCGCCAUGGACACGGACACGCUGGUGGAGUGGGUGUGCCACCAGCUCCCGACUUCUGGGUCGCUGAGGAAGUCGAUCGUCGACUGCUUUCGCGGCCAGAAUAGCGGGAAAAUCCCCGCCGUCGCCGUCGACAAGAUACCUUACGAUUCGCAGUUCCAGUAUCUCCUGGCCGUAUGACAGCUUUUUGCGAUAUCAUCACGUUCAGUUUGUGGAAUCCGGAAGAAGGAAGAAAAGGUUCGUCCUGGCCGGAUAUAAUUUUUACGGGAUGGUUUUGUUUUGCUUGUUUACUUUGCGAAUCAAGAUUUGGUUGUAAGAUUGGCCCAGAUUUGAUUGAAUGGUGGUUGUGUCGGAAUUUGAAGUUUUGAACUGAGAGAUCAUGAUCUCAAGACCAGUAAUGUCGAACCCUUCCUGCUCGUUUUUGCUCACCCUGUUAGAAACAUCCAUUGUGUGUACAGGACAUUUAAUAAUAUCCGGUUUUGGGGAUUUGUAUGUAAAAUACUAAUAAAUUCAGAAUCAUCACAUAAAUUUUAGGCAAAAUACACUUGUAUAGCCAUAAGUUUCACGAUUUUGACAAAUAUAGCCAGAACUAUUCGAAAACCCAAAAUAGCCAAUUCCGUCCAUCAUUUUAACGGUGUUACUUAACCAUCUGACUAGACUGACGGAAAUGCUGAUAUGGCGACAUUUCGUCAGUUGAAGUCCACGUGGGUUAAACAAAAGCCAAAAAAACUAAAAAAAUCAAAAUGCGCAUUUAGGUUCUUGGAGACCCCAAAUUCGGGGCCAAUUCUUCAUCUCCUCACCAGUCGCCGCCGAAAUUGGAAACGAAUCGGAAGCAGCGAUAAGCACAAAGAAGGAUAAACUAAUCGGAAGCCAGUGAAAAAGCACGACGAGAUGGGGGAGAAGGUCAGGCAACCUGCUUGUUUCUUCUCGGCAGAAGUACUGUUGCGCUGAAGCCAGUCAAAAGCACGACGAGGGUGAGGGACGCAGAGAUAUAUCACCACCCUCUCUGUUUUUCUCACCGAUCAAAACAGAGGCAAAGAGCAGCAACCUGCUUGUUUCUUUCCCUCGACCUACCCACUCCAAAUCCUCCAUCCCCACUGCUCCCUCUUGCAGCUAAUAUUGUUUCCUCGAGAUUCGCCCAAUCAGUUCAUCUACAGAGGGCUGGUCGGUGGUGAGAAACGAAACGGAUUUCAUCAAACCAGGACGAAAAACCCGAUCUGGAACUGAGCCGAAAUUGCAGGGAUUGUCGCCGCUCUGGUGGCGAGAGGAUCUCGAUGAAGUGCGAUUGGAAAAGAAGACGCCCUCUCGGUCCUCUUGAUGGGGAUGAGGUGCGAUUCGAAGGGGGAAGGAUCUGGAAGGUGGGGAGGUAUUGUGGAGAUGGGCAUGGCAACAGGGGAAGCGAUUCCAGAGAGGGGGAAGGUGAGAUUGGAAUUUGUAAGGAAGGGGAAGGAAAUUUUUGGGUAGUGUUUAUGGUGGCGACGAGGGAGAUUCGUAGUGACGGUGACCACGGCGGCGGCCAUGGAUGGGAGGAAGGAACAGAGGUGGGAGGAAGGAGAAGGGGAUGGUGGCGGUGAAGGGGAAGAGGAAGGAACAGAGGUGGGAGGAAGGAGAAGGGGAUGGUGGCGGUGAAGGGGAAGUGAAGGGGAAGGGUUUUUUUGUUUCUUUCAUGAUUAAAUAUUAUAUGUAUUU